CCUAAACCUCAGCGCAUGCCUUCAGGGGUUCUCGUAGUAACCCCACUUUAUAGGCGACAGGAGCAGGCAGGAGCGGGUAGGAAGCUGCCUGAGGGCCUGGGAGGUCUGGGUGCUGGAGUUCAGCCUGGUACCGCCGUGCUGCAGCCUGUUCAAGGUCCCCCGGUCGGGUUUGAGAACUCAUCGAGGGAAGUGACUGUGGCCUUCAGGUUGGGGCCGGGGGAGAUGGGGCGCAGGCACCGCACGGGCAAGGGUGUGGCCUCGUUGCUGAGACGCAGGCGUGCCUGUCCUCGUUGUUCUUCAGGGCGUGCUGAGUCGGAGAUGCCCUGGUGUGUCUGGUUGCUGGGGCAGAGGAGUGAGCUGGGCCUGGGGAAGCCUGGUAGGGGGGAGGAAGGGAGGGUGGAGGGAGAAGAGCAGGUGCAGGGUUGGGCUCCGAGGAGCCGGGCGCUCGGCCAGGAGGAGCUGUGGGGAAGCCCUUGGUGCGUGGGAGCUGGACUGAAGGGUACGGGGCUGAGCGUGGCCUCCGCGAGAGCUGUGUUGGUGAAGUCUAAAGCAAAGCCCAACGGAAAGAAGCCCGCCGCGGAGGAGAAGAAGAUGUACCUGGAGCCGGAGUACACCAGGUCCAGGAUCACCGACGUCGGCUUCAAGGAGCUGGUGGUGCUGCCCCGCGAGAUCGACCUCAAUGAGUGGCUGGCCAGCAACACCACCACGUUUUUCCACCACGUCAACCUACAGUACAGCACCAUCUCAGAGUUCUGCACAGGGGAGGCGUGCCAGACGAUGGCCGUGUGCAACACACAGUACUACUGGUACGAUGAGCGGGGGAAGAAGGUCAAGUGCACCGCUCCCCAGUACGUCGACUUUGUCAUGAGCUCCGUGCAGAAGCUGGUGACGGACGAGGACGUGUUCCCCACGAAAUACGGCAGAGAAUUCCCCAGCUCGUUCGAGGCUCUGGUGAAGAAGAUCUGCAAGUACCUGUUUCACGUGCUGGCGCACAUCUACUGGUCCCACUUCAAGGAGACGCUGGCCCUCGAGCUGCACGGACACUUGAACACGCUCUACGCCCACUUCAUCCUCUUCGCCAGGGAGUUCAACUUGCUCGACCCCAAAGAGACCGCCGUCAUGGACGACCUCACGGAGGUGCUGUGCAGCGGCGGGGGCCGCGGCGGGGGCGGGGGAGCCGGGGCCAGCGGCGGGGGUGCGGGGGCACAGAACCACGGGAAGGAGAGGUGAGCCCCCGGCCGGACAGGCGCACUCGUGUGCAGAGACGGUGGUGCGUGUGCCUGCGUGUGUGCGCAUGCACUGGGCACGCUCGGCGGGAGGCCUGAGAGGUCGCUGCCCCCCCCCACCCGGCCUGGGCGCGCCGAGAGCGGGCUCCC